UGAGUGUCGCAGCCUUCAGGAUGUGUCGCAGAUGUUUCUCCAGAAGAUCCUCCAAAGUGUCAACACAGCAUCAAACAGGUUGCUGGUUCAAUUUCCUCACUUGCUUCAGGAUGCGGACCAGGUCGAGCUCCACGCAGUCAGAGGGCAACUUCCUCCCCAGCCAGGGUUCUGAGGGAGGAGGAGGAAGAGGAGGCUGGUUUAAUGGGAAGCUAAAGAAGUUGUUCCGACGGCCAGGAGGUCAGGAGAGCGGCAACAGCACCGGCAACCUCCCCGGUAACAUCUCCAGCCCCGACAGCCACGUCCUGCCCAGCGGCCCCGAGAGGCCUCCGACAGCAGCGAUCCUCAAAUUCGAGGAGAACAUUGAACAAAGCCGCUUCUGGGAGGCCAGCCAGCAGCUGAUAGAGAGAGAGGAGCGUCUAUUCAGUGAGAACCCCGAGGUCGAGGGGCUUCCAGGUCACGAGGAGGAGGUGAACAGUCUCGCUGCUGACUAUAAAGCCCUGGAGCGCCUCGUCCUGGAGACUCUACAGCAGAGUUUGUCUCUCAACACAGGGGGGGCCAGCACCGAGGCUCUGACGUCUGCUGUGAAGGCCAUCUACCAGGAGGACGAGCAGGACCAACUGUGGAAGCAGAGGGACGGGCCCCCGCCUGGCUGGAGGGCCAGGGGCUGGAUGGAGCUCCAUGACACAACUGUCCGCCGCUUGGUGAAGGAUCACAUGGACAAUCCUUCGACUCCUCCUGCCAACCAGGUGCAGCAGUCCUCUGUGGAGGCUGACAUCUGCAGCAUGGGCCGGCAGCUGCUGGCCGACCUGCAGCUGGUGGUGGGCAUGGUGAAGACCUGCUACCCAGCACAUGUGAACAUCUGUGAUUUCUACGCCAGGAUCUUCCACCAAAAAACCAGUGCCAGACUCAAGAAGAUCGCAGACUUCGGUCUGGGGAUUAAGGACUGUACGUUCCUCCUGCGCUGGGUGAACGAGUACUAUCCAGGACUCUUUCAGAAGCCGGAGCUGGUCGGGGAGAUCAGUGUUGAGCCGCUGGGAAAGCUGCUGCCUGAGGAGCACCUGAAACCUCUGGAAGAACAAUACCUGAGCACUAAACAGACCGAACUGAUGACUUACAUCCUCCGCGUCCUGGAGCAAGAGAAACAAAAGUGGAAAGACGGAGAGGAGCCGCAGAUGGAGGACGGCUGCUACAACAGUCCUGUGUCCUACGACAUCAUCCAGUUCAUCAAUGGGAUGGUGACCGUAGCUGAGAAAGUGGUGGGAGACCUGCACAAGGCCCGGAGCAUAACAAGUGAACUGGACACUUUAAUGAAGAGCUUCAAGCUCUUCCAGGACGAAGUCGUGAAGAAGAACCAAAGCAACAGGAAAGCGGUCAUCAAGGCGAACCUCGGGGGGGUCCAACAGUUCACGAAUGUUCUCCAGAAGAAUGGUCACCUGUUCCAAGAGGACGCGAGGACAAACUGUCUGAAGGUUCUGAGCGACAUGAAAGAAUCUGCACACACGUACCUACUGAGUUCCUUGCACGACGUCCUCAAGCCACAUUACCGCAAACUGGGAACCAGUGAGUGGCUGAACAAGCCCGAGUUCGAGAGGCUGCUGGUCAGCAUCAAGACGCAGAGUAAAGAGCUUCAGGGUUCAAAGGAAUCCUGUCACCAGGAGCUGAUGAGCCAGUUUCAUCAGGAGGUGGCAGUGGAAUAUGUGAAGAGGCUCCUGAAGGGAGGAGUGAAGCUGAAGGACAGGAACCAGCAGGAUAGAGCCUGCAUGACGGUGAAAGACAACGCACAGAGUCUGCACGAGCUAUUCAUUGAAAUGGGCUCAAAGGAAGACUGGCUGAAGGAAAUCCUCACCACGAUUGCAGAAGUAAUAAAACUCCAGGAUCUUCCCGCCAUCCAGAUGCAAGUAGCAUCCCUGGGAAAUGCUUUUCCUGACCUGAGUGAUAAACAUGUGGUGGCUCUGCUCAAGCUCAAGACCAACAUCACCAAAGCCGACAUGAGAAAGGUCAAUUUGACUCUGUCGGACGCUUUGAGAGAAACCAGCGGCGCCGGCUCACGGUCCUUUUUCUCCAAAGUUCAGGUGAAGUGAAGAAGUGGAAGUGAGCUGCAGCGUCUGAGGACAGGGACGUGUUUACUGAGCAUUAGAGCAGGGAACCUCAAUAAUAGUAAAAAGGUCAUAACACAUGUUGUAAUUAUCGAACUGCACAUGAGCAGGAUAUCUCAUUUAAUGUCCAGUAUUAUGAACUUCAGUGUUUGUGUGUAAGUAUUAUUGAGUGUAGUUACUGUAUGAAUGUACAAGCUCAACUUUGCAAACGUGGUGCUGUUUACUGCUAAAACCCAUCAGGUCAGUUUGUGUGUAUUUUAUUUUGUUUACAGAAAAAAGGUCAAGAUCAAGUGUACUGCUCUUGUGUAUAUUUGUACAUGCUUUGUCUUGUAUAUUGUGAUAUUGUGUUUAAAAUAAUUUAAGCUAUUAAAUAAAGUUGGUGAAGCCUCA